CCAACCGCCAUUAAACUCUAGAAGAAGAAUAAUUCCCGUUACUUUCCUGAAGAAACCUAUGCUUGCAUAUUUCUCCUUAAUAAGUGUUGGAGAUCUCACUCUUCUGUCUGUUCACCUUCAUCAUGGAUGACACACAAACACACCGACAUGAAGAUUUUUCUCCAGGAUGCAGGUCAGUUGAUCAGAAGAAACCAGAACCAGAGCCCAGCUGUGUGUCUAUGAGGAGUGAUGAUUCUAUGGAUCUUCCAUUUAAUUUUAAGAGUGGUGACACAAGGUCAGUUGACCAGAAGAAAUCAGAACCAGAGCCCAGCUGUGUGUCUAUGAGGAGUGACGAGUCCAUAGGUCAUCCACAACAUUUAAGUUCAGUUCACCAGAAGAAAUCAGGAGCAGAGCCCAGCUGUGUGUCUAUGAGGAGUGAUGAUUCUAUGGAUCUUCCAUUUAAUUUUAAGAGUGGUGACACAAGGUUUAACCUCAAGUCAGUUGACCAGAAGAAAUCAGAAGCAGAGCCCAGCUGUGUGUCUAUGAGGAGUGAUGAUUCUAUGGAUCUUCCAUUUAAUUUUAAGAGUGGUAACACAAGGUUUAACCUCAAGUCAGUUGACCAGAAGAGAUCAGAACCAGAGCCCAGCUGUGUGUCUAUGAGGAGUGAUGAUUCUAUGGAUCUUCCAUUUAAUUUUAAGAGUGGUGACACAAGGUUUAACCUCAAGUCAGUCCUGCCAUCCAGAUCAGUUGUAACUAAACCCGUCUGUAAGAAAUAUGACCAGUCUAUGAAUCAACCACAAGACAGCACGUAUUCUGGUAUAAGACAUGAAGACCUCAACAUGUUUAGAUCAAAUCUGAUGAAGAAGUUUGAGCGUCUGUAUGAGGGAACAGCAGUGCAGGGAAACCCAACACUCCUGAAUGAGAUCUACACAGAGCUCUACAUCACAGAGAGUGAGAGUGGAGAGAUCAGUAAUGAGCAUGAGGUGAGACAGAUUGAGACACAAUCCAGGAGAGCAGCAACAGAGGACACAGCCAUCAAAUGCAAUGACAUCUUUAGACCUUUACCUGAACAAGACAAAGCCAUCAGAACUGUGCUGACAAAGGGAGUCGCUGGCAUUGGAAAAACAGUCUCUGUGCAGAAGUUCAUCCUGGACUGGACUGAAGGGAAAGAAAAUCAGGACGUCCAGCUCAUAUUUCCACUUCCUUUCAGAGAAAUCAACUUGAUGAAGGACAAAACUCUCAGUCUUUUAGAUCUUCUUCAUGUCUUUUUCCCUGAAACUAAAGAAAUGGAAAUAUCCAGUGAUGAAUAUAAAGUGUUGUACAUCUUUGAUGGUCUGGAUGAGUGUCGUCUGUCUCUAGAUUUUCAGAGCUAUGUGAGGUUGUGUGAUGUAAGUGAAUCAGCCUCAGUGGACGUGCUGCUGAUGAACCUCAUUGUGGGGAAUCUGCUUCCCUCUGCUCUCAUCUGGAUCACCUCCAGACCAGCAGCAGCUGAUCUCGUCCCCUCUGAGUGUGUCCAUCGAGUGACAGAGGUACGAGGCUUUAAUGAGCCACAGAAGGAGGAAUACUUCAGGAAGAGAAUCAGUGAUCAGAGCCUGGCCAAUACAGUCAUCUCACAUCUGAAGUCAUCAAGGAGCCUCUACAUCAUGUGCCACAUCCCAGUGUUCUGCUGGAUCUCAGCCACUGUUCUAGAGAAGAUGUUGAGUCAAGCAGGGAGUGGAGAGAUUCCCAAGACUCUCACUCAAAUGUACACACACUUCCUGAUCCUUCAGACCAACAUAAAACGUGAGAAGGACUAUGAGAAGAAGGUGACAGACGAAGACAUGAUCCUCAGACUGGGGAAUCUGGCAUUUCAGCAGCUUGUGAAAGGCAACCUGAUCUUCUAUGAGGAAGAUCUGAGAGAGUGUGGCAUUGAUGUGACGGAAGCAUCAGUGUACUCAGGAUUGUGCACUCAGAUCUUCAGAGAGGAGUUUGGCUUGUAUCAGGGGAAAGUCUUCUGUUUUGUUCAUCUGAGCAUUCAGGAACAUCUAGCAGCUCUAUAUGUGCACUUCUCCUGGACAAACCACAACACAAAUGUGAUUGACCAAAUCACCAAACAGAGUUUGUGGUCUAAAUUUAAGGAGUGGUUUCAACUCAAUUCAUCAAAACUUGUUUCAUUAUCUGAGCUGCAUCAGAGAACUGUGGAUGAGGCUCUGCAGAGUAAAAAUGGACAUCUGGAUCUUUUCCUGCGGUUCCUUCUGGGUUUGUCAGUGGAGUCUCAUCAGAUUCUCCUUCAACGAAUAAUGAUGCUAAAAAGAAGCAGCCCUGACACCAAGGAGGAAACAGUUGAGUACAUCAAGAAAAAGAUCAGGACCACUGACUCUCCAGAGAAAUCCAUCAAUCUGUUCCACUGUCUAAAUGAACUGGGUGAUCGUUCACUAGUGGAGGAAAUACAACAGUAUCUGACAUCUGGAGGAUUCAGGGAAGCCAAUCUCUCUUCAUCUCAGUGGUCAGCUGUAGUUUUCGUGUUGUUGACAUCAGAAGAGGAACUGAAAGAGUUUCGUCUUGAUGAAUUUCUUAAACAAAAGUAUAAUCCUGAAAAUAUGAAAAUUCUUAAGAAGUUGCUGCCUGUGAUUAAAGAAUCUAGAUCAGUUCAUAUGAUUAAUUGUGGUGUCACACAUGAAGGUUGUGCUGCUCUGGCUUCAGCUCUGAGAUCAAACCCUUCACACCUGACAAAACUGGAUUUGUCUCUAAAUGAACUAGGAGAUUCUGGUAUGAAGCUGCUCUCUGCUGGACUGAAGGAUCCUCACUGUAAACUGGAGAAACUGUGUUUGAAUGGUUGUGGCUUCACAGAUGAAGGUUGUGCUGCUCUGGCUUCAGCUCUGACAUCAAACCCCUCACACCUGAGAGAACUGAACCUGUCUUGGAAUAAACUAAGAGAUUCAGUGAAGCUUCUUUCUGAUGUAUUACAGGAUCCUCGCUGUAAACUGGAGAAACUGUGGUUGUGUGGUUGUGGUGUUAAAGAUGAAGGUUGUGUUGCUCUGGCUUCAGCUCUGAGAUCAAACCCCUCACACCUGACAGAACUGGAUCUGACUGGGAAUAAUCUAGGAGAUUCAGUGAAGCUGCUUUCUGAUGUACUACAGAAUCCUCACUGUAAAGUGGAGAAACUGUGGUUGAGUAAUUGUGGCAUCACAGAUGAAGGUUGCGCUGCUCUGGCUUCAGCUCUGAGAUCAAACCCCUCACACCUGAGAGAACUGGAUCUGACUGGAAAUAAACUAGGAGAUUCUGGUGUGACACUUCUCUGUGCUGUACUGGAGGAUCUACACUGUAAACUGGAGAUAUUGUUUUUGAAUAAUUGUGGCAUAACAAAAGAAGGUUGUGCUGCUCUGGCUUCAGCUCUGAGAUUAAACCCCUCACACCUGAGAGAACUGAAACUAACUGGGAAUGAACUACAAGAUUCUGAUGUGAAGUUACUCUCUGAUCUGAAAGACGAUACACAAUAUAAACUGGAGAAUUUUUACUAUGAGGUACGAGGCUUCAGUGAGCCACAGAAGGAGGAAUACUUCAGGAAGAGAAUCAGUGAUCAGAGUCUGGCCAAUACAGUCAUCUUACAUCUGAAGUCAUCAAGGAGCCUCUACAUCAUGUGCCACAUCCCAACCAACAUCAAACGUGAGAAGGACUAUGAGAAGAAGGUGACAGAUGAAGACAUGAUUCUCAAACUGGGGAAACUGGCUUUUCAGCAGCUUGUGAAAGGAAACCUGAUCUUCUAUGAGGAAGACCUGACAGAGUGUGGCAUUGAUAGUGCUGUGGAUGAGGCUCUACAGAGUAAAAAUGGACAUCUGGAUCUUUUCCUGCGGUUUCUCCUGGGUUUGUCAGUGGAGUCUCAUCAGAUUCUCCUGAAACGAAUUAUGACACUGAAAAGAAGCAGCCCUGACACCAAUGAGAAAACAGUUGAGUACAUCAAGAAGAAGAUCAGGACCAAUGACUCUCCAGAGAAAUCCAUCAAUCUGUUCCACUGUCUAAAUGAACUGGGUGAUCGUUCGCUAAUGGAGGAAAUACAACAGUAUCUGAAAUCUGGACGAAUAAAGGAAGCCAAACUUUCUUCAUCUCAGUGGUUGAGUAAUUGUGGCGUCACAGAUGAAGGUCUGAGAUCAAACCCCUGGCACCUGAGAGACCUGAAUCUGUCUAGGAAUAGUCUAGGGGAUUCAGUGAAGCUGCUUUCUGAUGUACUACGAAAUCCUCACUGUAAACUGGAGACACUGUGGAAUAAUCUGGGAGAUUCAGUGAAGCUGCUUUCUGAUGUACUACAGAAUCCUCACUGUAAACUGGAGACUCUGUGGACUCUCAUGCUGGAGAUCUCACUCUUCUGUCUGUUCAGCUUCGUCAUGGAUGACACACAAACACACCGAGAAGAAGAUUUUUCUCCAGGAUGCAGUUCAGUUGAUCAGAAGAGAUCAGAAGCAGAGCCCAGCUGUGUGUUUAUGAAGAGUGAUGAGUCUAUAGGUCAUCCACAACAUUUCAGUUUAGUUCACCAGAAGAAAUCAGAACCAGAGCCCAGCUGUGUGUCUAUGAGGAGUGACAAUUCUUUGUAUCGUCCAGUCGAUUUUAAGAGUGAUGACACAAAAUUUAACCUCAAACCAGUUGUAACAAAACCCGUCUGUAAGAAAUAUGACCAGUCUAUGAAUCAACCACAAGACAGCAUGUAUCCUGGUGUAAGACAUGAAGUCCUUAACACAUUUAGAUCAAAUCUGAUGAAGAAGUUUGAGCGUCUGUAUGAGGGAACAACGACGCAGAGAAACCCAACACUCCUGAAUGAGAUCUACACAGAGCUCUACAUCACAGAGAGUGAGAGUGGAGAGAUCAGUAAUGAGCAUGAGGUGAGACAGAUUGAGACACAAUCCAGGAGAGCAGCAACAGCAGAAACAGCCAUCAAAUGCAAUGACAUCUUUAGACCUUUACCUGGACAAGACAAAGCCAUCAGAACUGUGCUGACAAAGGGAGUCGCUGGCAUUGGAAAAACAGUCUCUGUGCAGAAGUUCAUCCUGGACUGGGCUGAAGGGAAAGAGAAUCAGGACGUCCAGCUCAUAUUUCCACUUCCUUUCAGAGAAAUCAACUUGAUGAAGGACAAAAAACUUAGUCUUACAGAUCUUCUUCAUGUCAGUUUCCCUGAAUCUAAAGAAUUGGAAAUAUCCAGAGAUGAGUAUAAAGUGUUGUUCAUCUUUGAUGGUCUAGAUGAGUGUCGUCUGUCUCUAGAUUUUCAGAGCGAUGUGAGGUUGUGUGAUGUCAGUGAAUCAGCCUCAGUGGAUGUGCUGCUGAUGAGCCUCAUUGUGGGGAAUCUGCUUCCCUCUGCUCUCAUCUGGAUCACCUCCAAACCAGCAGCAGCUUAUCUCGUCCCCUCUGAGUGUGUCCAUCGAGUGACAGAGGUAAGAGGCUUCAAUGAGCCACAGAAGGAGGAAUACUUCAGGAAGAGAAUCAGUGAUCAGAGUCUGGCCAAUACAAUCAUCUCACACCUGAAGUCAUCAAGGAGCCUCUACAUCAUGUGCCACAUCCCAGUGUUCUGCUGGAUCUCAGCCACUGUUCUAGAGAAGAUGUUGAAUCGAGCAGAGAGUGGAGAGAUUCCUAAGACUCUCACUCAAAUGUACACACAUUUCCUGAUUCUUCAGACCAACAUUAAACAUAAGAAAGACUAUGAGAAGAAGGUGACAGAUGAAGACCUGAUCCUCAAACUGGGGAAAGUGGCUUUUCAGCAGCUUGUGAAAGGCAACCUGAUCUUCUAUGAGGAAGACCUAAGAGAGUGUGGCAUUGAUGUGACAGAAGCAUCAGUGUACUCAGGAUUGUGCACUCAGAUCUUCAGAGAGGAGUUUGGCUUGUAUCAGGAGAAAGUCUUCUGUUUUGUUCAUCUGAGCAUUCAGGAACAUCUAGCAGCUCUAUACGUGCACCUUUGCUGGAAAAACCACAACAGAAAUGUGUUUGAGCCAGUCACCAAACAGAGUUUCUGGUCUAAAGCAAAGGACUGGUUUAAGCUCAAUUCUUCAAAACAUGUUUCAUUAACUGAGCUGCACCAGAAAGCUGUGGAUGAGGCUCUACAAAGUAACAAUGGACAUCUGGAUCUUUUCCUGCGAUUCCUUCUGGGUUUCUCGGUGGAGUCUCAUCAGAUUCUUCUACAAGGACUUAUGAAACAGACAAGAAGCAGCUCUGACACCAAUGAAAAAACAGCUGAGCACAUCAAGAUGAAGAUCAGGAUCAUUGACUCUCCAGAGAAAUCCAUCAAUCUGUUCCACUGUCUGAAUGAACUGGGUGAUCGUUCACUAGUGGAGGAAAUACAACAGUAUCUGAAAUCUGGAAGAAUAAGUGAAGCGAAACUCUCUUCAUCUCAGUGGUCAGCUGUAAUUUUUGUGUUGUUGACAUCAGAAGAGGAACUGAAUGAGUUUUGUCUUGAUAAAUUUGUUAAAGUAACAAAUAAGCCUGAAAACAUGAAAGUUCUUCAGAAGUUGCUGCCUGUGAUUAAAGAAUCCAGAUCAGUUCAGUUAAGUAAUUGUGGUCUCACAGAUGAAGGUUGUGCUGCUCUGGCAUCAGCUCUGAGAUCAAAUCCCUCACACCUGAGAGAACUGAAUCUGUCAUUGAAUAAACUAGGAAGUUCUAGUAUGAAUCUGCUCUCUGCUGGACUGGAGGAUCCUCACUGUAAACUGGAGAAACUGAGGUUGUAUAAUUGUGGUGUCACAGAUGAAGGUUUUGCUGCUCUGGCUUCAGCUCUGAGAUCAAACCCCUCACACCUGAGACAACUGGAUCUAUCUGUGAAUAAACUAGGAGAUUCAGUGAAGCAGCUUUCUCAUGUACUACAGAAUCCUCUCUGUAAACUGGAGAAACUAUGGUUGAGUUUGUGUGGUGUCACAGAUAAAGGUUGUGCUGCUCUGGCUUCAGCUCUGAGAUCAAACCCCUCACACCUGACAGAACUGAGUCUGUCUUGGAAUAAACUAGGAGAUUCUGGUGUGAAAUGUUUCUGUGUUGUACUGAAGGAUCCUCACUGUAAACUGGAGAAACUGUGGUUGAGCAAGUGUGGUGUCACAGAUGAAGGUUGUGCUGCUCUGGCUUCAGCUCUGAAAUCAAACCCCUCAUACCUGACUGAAUUGGAUCUCUCUGGGAAUAGUCUAGGAAAAUCAAAAGUGAAGUUGCUCUCUGAUUUGAAAGAUGAUCCACAUUAUAAACUGCAGAUGUUAGACCAUUGAUUCUCAGUAUUUAGACGUCAGUCCAGUUUCCUCAGGAUCAGCUGAUGGUGAAUAAGGAGUCGCUACAGAGACGUCACAGUCACACAAUCAACACAGACCGAACACACAGAGACACACAGCAUCACACUGUCUCAUGUGUGACUUUACAUCACUUUCUCCGUUUAUUCUGGCCCAUGAAAAUAAGUGACUGAAACGUAUCAUGUGUUAUGUAAGGGAUAAUGUACAGGCAGCCGGUAGUUAUCGCAGAAAUAAGCCC